GGUAAAGAUGGCCGAGGCUAGAGAGGCGGUUACACUGAGUGGAAGCAACGCUACUACGCAUUGACACUUUAUCUGGAAUUUAAAUAACCUUUAUAUGGGAAUUAUUAUAUCCCAGUGACAAGUCGCCGCAGCGAGAAUCCUUCACACGGCGUUCAAGCAGUUUCCGAGUUUUCACGAUGGCAACAGGUGGCACACCAUUUGAAGACGGCGCAGAAGAGCAAGAGCUGCACACUUGGAGCAUCUCAAACGGCAGCCUGGAUGACAGACUUAACAAUAUGGAUUGGGGAGUACAGCAGAAGAAGGCCAACCGUUCCUCUGAGAAGAACAGGAAGAAGUUCUCAGCCAUGUCAGAGAGCCGGCUAACCAAUGACAUCUCUCCAGAGUCCACUCCAGGUGCAGGGCGGCGAAGGGCUCGGACGCCCCACUCCUUUCCUCAUGCGAAGUACAGCACUCAGAUGUCUGUGCCCGACCAGGCUGAGCUGGAUAGACUCCGUCAGGUCAUAAACUUCACAGAUCUGGACGAGAGAAGCAUUGGCAGUGAUUCUCAAGGCCGCGUCACUGCAGCCAACAAUCAGAGACAGCUGUCUACUGAGGCCAAGAAACCUUUCAACUUCCUGCCAAUUCAUCUCAACACUAACAAGAGGAAAGAGCCUACUGCAUCCACCUCUGCAAUCCCGGGAGGCAAGGAGCCUAAGAAACAAAGCCCAGGGAAAGACUUGUUUGCCCCAGUGCCAGCAGUGGGUAAAGAGGCUUUUAGUAUGGACAGUGCCCAUGGGUUUGCAUUGGAGGAUGGAAGUGGAGAGCUGUCCAUUGACAGCAGUCAGGUGGUCAGCAAAUUGGUGCAGAUUCGGGAAUAUAUUGGGAAGGCCACAUCCAUGAGAGACGACCUGGUGGAAAAGAAUGAUGUGCCGGCAAAUGUGGAACGUCUCUCUCUUCUCAUCACUCACCUGAAGGAACAAGAGAAGUCGUACCUGCGUUUUCUUCAGAAGAUGCUGGGUCACGAUGUGUGUGGAGAGCAGAAAGAGGAGCUAGAGAACAUGAGGAAGCAACAUGACCUUCUCAAAAAGAUGCUGGAACAGCAGGAACAGCUCAGAGCACUACAAGGCCGUCAGGCUGAAUUACUGGCCAUGCAGCAAAGCGCUGAACAAGCCAUUGCUGUGAUGGAUGACACUGUUGUUACAGAGACUACAGGAAGUGUGUCUGGCAGAAGCAUUACCUCAGAGCUCAAUGAUGAACUUAAUGAUCUUAUCCAGCGCUUCCACAACCAGUUGCAUGACACUCAGACACAGACAGUUCCUGACAACCGACGACAGGCAGAAUGUCUCUCUCUUUCUAGGGAAGUCUGCCGAUCACACACUACCCCCAAUUCCCGGGGUCAGUUGCCGUCUGCUGCCCCGCUAACUACUGCAUCAACCUCUGCCAGCACUAAACUACAGGAGCUACAGGACAAAAAACAGACCAUGGACAAGAUCCUUCAGGAACUUCAUUCACUUAGAGACCAGACCCUUAACAACAGUGCCUGUCAGAGUGGCAGUCAGCGUGGCAGUCAGCGUGGGGCACGUACAGGCGUGUCCGAGCGUCCCUUAGUGUUGGGUAGAGAGGGAAAUGGGCCGCGUCCAGCGAGGCAGGGCUCCUCCUCCUCUUACACACAGAUGGAUGAUACCAGCCAUCCUGCUGAUAAACUCAGAAAACUGAAGGAGGUGCACAAGCGUCUGAAUGAACUGAGAGAGCUGGUUCAGUAUUAUGAGCAGACGUCAGAUAUGGUGGUGGACACAGUUAAUGAGAACGUGAAGGAUGAUGAUGAUGAGGAGACGGAGGACGGUUCGCUCUUUGAGGCCAUGUUUGAUUCAGAGCAGGAGAAUCAUGAACCUGUCACCAACAUCAGAAACCCAGCUCAACCGCAGACUCCAGGUAACUGGAUGGACUUGAACAGUCUGACAAAAGCUCAUAGUGCCUCCAAUAACAGAGAAGGACGCCUGAACACGGAGUGUGAGAUCAAUAACCGUUCCGGAGCCAACCUCCACAGUCUCAACAUCCCCUCAGUCAUAGAAUGCCAGUAUAACCGAGACAUGCCUUUCGAUAGAGUUAAGCAUGAGCAUGAUGAUGAUGAUGAGGUACUGGAUAAUGAUGAUGAUGGGGCAAGAGGAGGAGGCAGAGACACGGAGGGUUCAGGAUCCAGUCGUAGAAGCAGUCUAGGGGGUGAUGCAGAAUAUGCACAGAAAGUUCACCGUCUACAAACUGCCAAACAGAAACUCAGGCAGUUGCAAGAACUGGUGGCGAUGGUGCAGAGUGAUGAUACAGAUGGUACAACAGCUAAUGAAGAUGAGGGUUUGAAGCAGCAACCCAAUAAUACCCGAGCAACAGCUCCCAAGACCCAGAGAGACCUCCCUCUUUGUGACAAGGCCAGAGAGAAAUUGUACGAGGAGAAGCUCAAGCAGCAACAGCAGGAGCUAAAGCAGCUCCACGAAGAGAGACAGAGGUUAAUGGACAUUCAGGGCAAGAUUCAGGACAUACAAUGGGCCUGCCCUGACCUCCAGUCAUCUGUGAGCAGUAGUGCCAGCGGUCAGAUGAUGAGGAAGAUUCCCGCAGCAGCCUCCACUCCAGCUCCCGUGACGUUACACUCCUCUUCUUCAGCUAAAGCCAACACUAGUGGACUUAAACCCACCCUUGAGCCUCCCCCUGUUACUGUCACCGACAAUGAGCUGUGGUCAGAGAUGCGAAGACACCAGAUUUUGCGUGAGGAGUUGAGACAGAGACGGAAACAUUUGGAGAGUCUGAUGGCCGAACAGCAGAGGAGAAGCGCACUCACUGACUCUACGUUCAGGAGCGACAUACACGAUAUACAGUCCUACAACCGUGAUGAGAGAACUAUGGCUACCUGGGGUGGUUCGACACAGUGUCAUCUUGAAGAUGAUGACGAUGAUGACUACUCGGAAGUGGGAGCUGAGGAUGAUGAUGAGGAUGACCACGACGAGGGUGAAGAGUCUAGUUCCACUGAUGAUAUGCAUGCACGCUCUGCCAGAAAACAACACAACUACAGCAGGAACAGCAAAGAUGGUCUGAAGGUUCGUAGAGAGAUUAACAGAAGUCCAUCCCCUCGUGAGUCAAGCGGUCAUCCCUGUCAGCAGAAGCAGGGUGAGAGGGAAAGUUCCAGCAGAGCCAGACGGCAGGAAAACCUGCGUUGGGCAGCAGAUCUGUCUUUGUCCGAGGGCACAGCACCAGCACACUGGCAGGAUCAGAUCACACACCUGCAGAAACAGCUGAAUUUUAGCACCACAAUGUGCCAGACUCUGCUGCAGGACCAACAGACUCUAUCAUUCAUGCUGCAGGCUCUACUGACAGGUCCCUAUGGCGUUAUGCCCAAUAAUGUGACCUCUCCUCAGGUCCCACUCAUUAUGCACCAACUAAACCAGUGUUACACACAGCUGGCUUGGCAGCAGAACAAUGUCAAUCGGUUAAAGCAGGUUCUGAACGAUCUGUUGCGGCAGCAGCAGAAUCAGUCGUUGUCAGGGCAACAGCAGGAUCAAAAUGUUGGGCCCGAUUCUGUAUCUCCCUCUCUGUUCCAAAACUUUCCAGCUGUCAAUAUGCCUGGACUCCCAAACUUCUCACCUUUUCCCACUGGCUUUCAUUUCAGUCACAUGUUCCCCUCCUCAUCACCAGAUUGUCACCAGAACCCGGCCAGUUCAGAUCAACAGCAUGACCCAAACAUUUCCCUCAAAACCGAGUACAUGAGUUUCCCCCCUCCACUGCAGAGAUCGCCACUUAACAACACGGACAAACGGUUUCCAUCUCAGUCUGAUACUAUGACAGACCCUCAUAACUCUAGCUGGUUAAACUCCUCUCUGAAUUGCUCUGAUCAGAGACACAGUCAGAUCUCCCCCUCCGCCCCUCACCCUUCAACCUCUCGGGAUCGUUCCUAUAUUCCGGACUCCCAAGAGUCUGUGAGCAGCCUGCCAGAUAAGGUAGACCCGACUACUGUCACCAAGACUUUUAGAGCGGGACGAAAGGCGGCGGCACAGGCCAGCCUGGCCUCCAGAGACAAGACACCCAAUACAAAGAGUCGUCGCAAGAGGGGCAGGGGACAGAAGAACGCAGCUGUGGAGAGUGACAGCGUUUCGAGUGAUGCUCACUUUGAUCAGGACAGAGAUCGCUGCCCUCAGGUCAAACACAAAGAUCUGAACCAGGGGCUGCUGGACAAACUCACACAAGAGAAACUGGACAGCAAGACGCAGAGCAGCAAGCCGAACGACCUCUCAUCUGCAUAUGCUUGGAGAACACCUUUUCUGUCUAACAGAAUUGCAUGCACUGAAGUCCCAGAUGCGAGCAGUGAUUUCUCUCUUUUCGAGGCCCUGAGAGAAACCAUCUACUCUGAGGUGGCAACUCUGAUCUCUCAGAAUGAGUCUCGUCCACAUUUCCUCAUCGAGCUAUUCCAUGAACUUCAGCUGCUCAAUACAGACUACCUGCGGCAGAGGGCGCUCUACUCUCUACAGGACAUUGUAACAAGGCACCUGACAGAAAAAAGUGUAGCAGAGGAUCAGGCUUCGUCUUUGGGUCCGGCCAUGUGGGCCACAGGCUCCCAGUCGGAGCUCACACCCAGCGAGAGCCUGGCCACAAGCGAUAAUGAGGCAUCUGAGAAGAAUGUGACAAUAAAAUCCGGCUCUGUUGUGAAGAAAGCAGCCGACAAAGAAAACACAACCGACAACGAAAGCCUGCUGUCGACCUCCUCUAACCUCGAACCUUUUGCCAGCGAUGACCUGGGUAACACAGUGAUUCAUUUAGAUAAGGCCUUGGCCAGGAUGAGGGAGUAUGAGCGCAUGAAGCUGAGGGCUGAGUUUAAUACAGAUAACCCAGAGAACAGCCCUGGAGCCACAGCUGCCGCUGCUGUCUCAGCACUCACUCAAGGCACGAGUCACUCAUCUGCUGACACACACUGUCCUCAGAUUGACACACAGCAGCUCGACAGACAGAUCAAAGCCAUCAUGACAGAAGUCAUCCCGUUCCUAAAGGAGCACGUUGGGGAGGUGUGUUCACACCAGCUGCUGACAUCUGUAAGACGCAUGGUACUCAAACUCACACAGCAAAACGACGAGAGCAAAGAGUUUGUGCACUUUUUCCACAGACAGCUAGGUGGCAUUCUGCAGGACUCGCUGAGCAAGUUUGUGGGCCGCACGCUCCAAGACUGUGGUGAGGACCUGCUGGUGGAGAUCUCUGAGAUUCUCUUUAAUGAGCUCGCCUUCUUCAAACUGAUGCAGGAUUUAGACCAGAACACCUCCAAAAGCAAACAAAGGACCAAGAAGUGCUCGGACAACACAUCCCCCAAGCCCUCACCCAGGACUGAGGAAACCAAAGCAGUAGAGAGAGAAAAUACAUUCUCACCAUCCUAUUUUGAUGAAGACAAAGAUCAGGAUGAGACCGAGCAGGGAGAAACGGCCCAUGAGAGACAGGAGGAGAAAGAUGCACAGAGCAGUGAAGCAUCGGAGAUGGAAGAUGAUGGAGAUGACCUGCCUCUUUCUAUAAGCCUGUCUAAAGCAGAGACGCAGGCUCUGUGUAACUACGGCAGCGGAGAAGAUGAAAACGAAGUGGAAGAAAUGGAGGAGUUUGAGGCUGGACCUGUUGAGGUGCAGACAUCACUACAAGCCAACAUGGACAACACUGCUGAAAACAGACAGUGCUCAUCAAACGGAGUUACCCAGGAUGCAACCUCAGACCUAGAACGCAACCAACUGGAAAGCGAUCAGCCUGAAUCCAAAGAUGCAGUUCAGGCUCCAGAGGAGAGCAGAGAGGUCAAACCUCAGUCAGAAGGAGAGAGAGAAGACAAAGAGAGCUGUACAGUUUCUCCAGCACAGGAAACCUCUCAGGGGUCAGACACAGCCAGCCAUGACACUGACUCACCGGUUAUGAUCAACACUGAUGAGGCUGGAUCUGGAAACACCAGUCAGAGAUCAGAUGAAGAAGAUUUUGUGAAGGUGGAGGAUCUUCCUAUUCAAAUGUCUGUUCUGUGUGAGGAGGAGCUUUGUAACAGGAUCUCAGAAGAGCAGCAGAUUAAUAACCUUGCAGCCGAGAUUCUGAAUGGAAACACAGAUGGUUUUACGGGGUUGGUGGGAAAUGCUCAAGCACUCAAAGAGCCUGAAACCAUUGGAGCCCAGAGCGCAUGAAAACAGUCUUUUUGACUUGACUUAUGACACUACAAAUCACCAUUCAUGCAACAUGACUGUACGUUAAGCUUAAUUCUUUAAGAUUACUUGCAAACAAAAGCUAAAUCUUGAAUUAGCAAGCCGCAUGCCAUCUAACAAUUCAAGAUAUAAGUCGUUCUAUACAUGUAUAGGUCAUUUUCUUUUAACGUUUGAUGAAGAAUGUAGGUGAUGUUUGAAAGGGGGUUUGUCUUGAAGCUUUCUGUAGUCUGAAAGGAUGCGUGUUGUUUUUUUGUUAAGGCAGGUUUCUUGCUUGUUCAAAAGUUAAAAACGAUGCAACAUUUGUCUUUUCUCUUUGGCAUGGUUAUGCUUUAGUCUGCUUUUCUUUCUGGGAUACUGUGAACCUUUCUUACCAGUGUGAUGCAUAGAAGUUUGAACCUUUAAUUCAGAACUUCACAUUUGGCUUGACCCAGAUUGCUCAUUUAAAAUUAUAAGUGGAUAGAGCGGAAUCAUACUAGCACUGAUGUCUCCAUUGUCCUGUUCUCUCUCUUCCUGAGGACUGAGACAUUACUGCACUUUUAAAUGUUCUUGCUUUCCUUUUUAUCUUUUUAUUAAGGCACGUUGGCCAAUGCUUGGGUUCUUGCCCCAUUUCACCCCAUGUCAUUUUUCAGUGUUUAGAAUGCUGUUUAAAACAAAUAAAAUAUUGAUUUUUA